CACUAUGGAGCAGAUUAUACGUAAAUGUCGUUCAUCCUAUGAGGUUUUAAACGAAUGUUAUUUUUCAGAGGAAUAUUAUCGCUCUGGCACUCGGUGUCGGAUUCGAGAGUAUCGUUAUAUGAUCUGCUCCAAAUUCUUCCAGAGGAAUUCUAUUCAUUGAUGCAAUUCUUAUAUAGAUCAGAAGAUGAUCUCCUUGGAUUUCUGCUGGAUAUUGAAGAGGAAGAGAGAUCAUUCCGGAAGUAUUCAGAGAGAAUACGAUCAAAUAUAUCCAAUUUCCUUGAGACUGUGCCAAGCAUUGGAGAGGAAUGGGGAUCUAUAGACAUGGGAUAUAUAGACCUAAUGGAUCGAUUGGAGUUCCUUAAAAGGGAAUUCAAGCUCCUGUGUAUCAUUCUCAACUUCCGUAGCUCCAAAGAUGAACCACAUGUCGUAAAAGGAGCCCGAGAUCUGUUUCAAGUUGCUGCAAAUGAUCUCUUUCGCAUAUGAGAAUAUUUUCGUAUCCGUACCUUUGAGUUCAUCCAAGAAAGACAAGAAUGUCAUCGUAGCCGUAAGUUAUUGUCCGACUUGCAAUAUAAGUUUUGGAAUACGAAAUCAAAAAUCAGAAGAA